AUGGGCGGUUCCAGCAGAGAAGGCGGCAAGGCUAAGCCCCUCAAGGCGCCCAAGAAGGAGAAGAAGGAUCUGGACGAGGAUGACCUUGCAUUCAAGGAGAAGCAACGUGCCGACGCUGCGGCCAAGAAGGCUCUCCUCGAAUCCACCAAGGGCAAGAAGGGACCCCUCAACACCGGCCAGCAGGGUAUCAAGAAGUCAGGCAAGAAAUAA